UAUGACAGUCUCAAACCGGUAUUCAACCGACGCGGCCGUGUGUGAAAAUAAAUAUUAAAAUAACAAAUAUUCAUUAAGUUUAAACUAACGUAAAUAUACGUUUUAGUGGUCGUAUGUGGACUUGCGAAGUUAUACUGUGAAAAUGAUGUUGUAUGGUACCUGUUUUUUGGUUGUGCUGUUCAGUAGCUUCAGCUGUAUUUCCGCUGCUGCUAAAAAGAGAAAUCCAUCCCCCGAGUCAGACGUGGUGAUGUACCCCGGCCCCCUGAAGGAGACAAAGCCGGAGUACGGCCCCGUCGGCAGCGUACCCAAGGAGUGUCAGGGGAAGACUUACUGCACGGUGAAACCACCGGAUUACCCGGAGGAGCGGUAUAACAAACUGUUUCAGGGAUAUAAACCCCCCGUGGACGCCUCACCGCCGCAGCCGGUGCUGAGCCCCACGCUCGUGAACCGCCAGGGAGACCCCGACGAGCUGGACAACUGCCAGUCUGUCGUCACUUACGAGCCGCUGUACAAGGUGCGCUCGAAGCGGCUGGACGACUGGGUGACGGUGCUGCAGGCGCCGCGCGCCGGCUACGAGCAGCGGGUGCGCCUCGAAACCUGCACAAACCCAAACGCGCGAUGCUUCACCGCGCUCCCCCAGACAGACGAGUACACGACCUUCUGCAAACAAAAGUAUAACACCUGGGAAGUCAUGGUGGAGAUCAACGGAACCAUGGUCAAGGAGACCACAGACCUGCCCAUCUGCUGCUCCUGCCACUACAAGACCGUAGACCUCGCUUCCAGAUUCGGGAAACCGAAAGAGAUGAGUGCAGCCAAACCGAAGAAUUAAGGAGACGGAACGAGAUGGGGAUAGUUAUGCUGCUGAAA